AUGACCCUGCAAACAAAGGAUACAGGCGACAGAGCCGCGCGUCUUGCCGGGCUGUUGCGCAACAUCUUGAAAGGCAACCGGAAGAUACAAUCUGCCAACGACGCCAAGCUAUUCUUUGAGGCUGUUCGGUGCCAUCCUGCGCCAAGUACGUGCAUCGAAGGGAUCGUUGCCAGCAAACAUGGCAUUGAGGCUCUCCAGCUGUCCGUCAAAGUCGACCUAAGUCCUGCAUCCAUCAAGUCACAGACGCUCCAAUUCAUCAAUUACCUGGCUGAUGACCAGCUGAAGCUUCUCGCCGAUGGCCAGAUUCUCCAGAUGGUCCUGAAGGCCAUUGUUACACCCCCUACCUUCUGGAAUGCCCUUGUCAGCGUCGUCAAGACUGGCAUGUUGGUAGACGAGCAGCUCAUGGUCUUCUCGUGGCUUUGCGUCGAGCUGUUGUCCCUGCCUAGAUCUGCCGACGUCGACAUUCAAGACGACGUUGAGGCUGUUGUGCAACGAGUUAAGCUUGCCGAGGCAUCAUGCCCUAAGACUCGGCGAUUAGGCUACAAGAUACAGAAUCUAUUGCAGCUUCGGAAGUCUCCCGCCAUCACAGCAGGAGACACAUACGCUCCUGGUGGAAGACAUGACAACGACUUCGAGAACUUUCGGAACAUCCUGGUCUACCCUACCACGGAUGAGUUCUUGUCUACUGAGAGGCCAUUCUACCGGCGAGCCAAAGACGUGUUUGACGUCGACAUGGCACAACGCCCUGCCGUUCAUCUCGAUAACAUGUUUCGAUUAACGCGUGAGGAUCUCCUUGGAGAGCUGCGGAGUGAUUGGCAGAACGCCCAGGUUCGGAAUCGGGGCCAAAGGUCUGCCUUGACGCUGCGCAAGCUACGGCCCGUAGGACUGGACCUCGGUGAUGACCAAAAAAGGAAGAAGACCUCCUUGGCUAUCGAAUGCAAGGCUGGAUUGGAGAGGCUGCAGAGCGUGACGCCGGGAAGCCGCAAAGCAUGGCUUCAAGACAACAAGAACUUCAUUCGCCACCAAGCCUUUGGAGCUCUGUACCAAGGACAGGAGAUUUUUGGAUUCGCCUUCGUCGAACGGAACCUGGAUGGCCUGAUCAUGUCUCCGCCAGUCAUCACACUACAGUUCACAGACGACAAUGCGUUUAAGAAGGCACUGGUGGCCCUGAGGACCAUGGAAAACGUCGCGUUCACCUUGGUUGAUACUCCUGUAUUUGCAUAUGAGCCCAUUCUGGAACGACUCAAGAACAUGGUGGAAAUACCCUUGCAAGACAAGCUCCUCAACCCUUCAGAGGCUGUCGAUGACUUCAUUCCCGGUCCGCAGAUGCAACCGAUCAUAGAACAGUUCACAUCUAGCCUUCCUGUGAUGAUCAACGUUCAGAACAAAUCUGUCAACAAGGCGUUUCAGUUAGACCGUUCGCAGCAGCGGUCUUUGCAUAAUGCACUGGCCUCCAAGGUCUCGGUGAUUCAAGGUCCUCCAGGCACCGGGAAAUCUUUCAUCGGAGCCCUCGCAGUGCAUCACAUCCUCGAACAUACCAACUUCAAGAUUCUUGUGAUCACAUACACCAAUCAUGCUCUGGAUCAGUUCCUGGAAGACCUCAUGGACCUCGGCAUCAAUCCGCAUCACAUGGUUCGUCUUGGAUCCAAGUCCACGGACCGGACAUCACCCUUGCUCAUGUCUUCUCAACGAUCUGGAUACCGUCGCAGCAUAGAGUCAUGGGCGUUGAUCGAUAGAUUGAAAGAGGAUGCAAAUGAACAUAGCGAAGAGCUUAAACAGGCCUUUAUCAGGUAUAUCCAGGCUCAACCAUCUUUCGAGGACAUACGGGAUUACCUCGAGUUCUCCGAAGAUGGAGAGAGGUUCUUCAACGCCUUUGUCGUCCCCACUGAGGAGGACGGUUUUAAGAAGAUUGCGAAGAAAGGUAAUAAGGUCAAACCCAAUUAUCUUUUCAACUGUUGGCAGGCCGGAGCUGGACCUGGUGUCUUCGAGCAACACGCAUUGAGCCUUCACGGAGAGGUCUGGGCUAUAGAGGCUACCGAACGCAGGAAGCUGAUCAACAAAUGGCUCACGGCCAUGCUUCAGGAGAAGGUUGAGAGUGUCCAAAACCUUGCAAGGCAGUAUGAUCUCACUCAGGAUCAGCUGGAUGCCCAAUUCAGCGAUCACAGAGCUGAAAUCUUGCGAGGCAGGCGCAUCAUCGGCUGCACUACGACCGCUGCCGCGAAAUACACGAAACUUCUGAAUGCAGCGCAGAGGGACGUCGUGGUUGUGGAAGAGGCGGGUGAGAUACAGGAAGCGCAUGUGCACACGGCCCAAACGCCCUCGGUCAAACAACUCAUGUUGAUCGGUGACCACAAACAACUCCGUCCCAAGAUUAACAACUACAACUUGACGGUCGAGAAAGGCGAUGGCUUUGACCUCAACCGGUCCCUCUUCGAGAGACUGAUCCUUCAGGGCCAUCCCUAUACGAGCUUGAAUAAACAGCAUCGUAUGCACCCGGACAUCUCGGUGCUUGUGAGAGAGCUCACCUAUCCAGAGCUCGAAGACGGCCCGAAGACGGAGAGUCGUGAGCCGAUUCGCGGCCUCGAGGAUCGUGUCACUUUCGUCAACCACAGCCACCCGGAGGAGGAAAACCAGAAGCUUGCAGAUCGGCGAGAUCAAGGUGCCAAAUCGAGCAAGGAGAAUAUCUUCGAGGCCAAGAUGGUCCUCAAGACCGUGCGCUACCUCGCACAGCAGGGAUACGGGACGAAGAACAUGGUUGUCCUAACGCCAUACUUGGGCCAGCUGAGGCUUAUCAGAGACAUGCUCAAGGACGAUGUUGAUCCUUUGCUCAGCGACCUCGAUUCACACGAGCUCAUCUGCGCGGGCCUGCUGACCCAGGCAGCCGCGAAGACAAAUAAGUCACAGUUGCGUCUAUCUACCAUUGACAACUACCAGGGAGAAGAGGCAGACAUCGUCCUUGUUUCGUUGACGCGAAGCAACAAUAAUGGUGAUAUCGGCUUCCUCGCUGCUCGCGAACGGCUCAACGUUUUGCUGUCUAGAGCACGUAACUGCCUUGUGAUGUUUGGCAAUAUGGACACCUACAUGCAGAGCAAGAAAGGCAAAGACACUUGGAUGCCUUUCUUCGAGUCAAUGACGGCGAAGAGUCACCUAUACGAUGGGCUACCAAUCCACUGCGAGAACCAUCCGGAGAAGACAUUCUUGCUGCAAACACCCGAGGAUUUCGAUACGUGCUGCCCAGAUGGUGGAUGUGCCGAAAUUUGCGGUGCACUACUGAACUGCGGUAUGCACAACUGCAAUAUGCGGUGCCACCGUGUCGCUGAUCACUCGAAAAUACAAUGCCCUCAUAAAGUCGAGUCCAGUUGCCCUCGUGGUCAUAAGAUGAAGGUCCCCUGUCACAAACAGAAGGACAAGUGCUCGAAAUGCGUACAGGAAGACAUUGACGCCGAGAGGAGGAUCAAGCGAGAUCUCAAACUCGAGGGAGAGCGCUUGGAGCGCCAACAGGCAUACAAAAAAGAGCUUCAGGAAAUUCAGGAUGAGAUUGAUCAUCACCGAAGGAUAAUCAAGGACCAAAAGGACCAGGAGGAACACAAGAAAACCCUGGACCAGCAGCGUGCUGAACUUGCGGCCUUGAAGGACACGACACAGAGGAUCUUGAACGCGCCAAAGCCUCAGCCUCCAGCAGCGGGAAAUGAUUGUCCUCCGAGUUCUAUGAAGGAGGGUGAUGAACUCGACAUGUCUGACGGUGCCAAGAAAGAAUGGGAGUUUCUCAAGCAAUUCGAAGGCGCAAAGAACGAAGCACUUGAUGAGAUCAUGGGCAUGAUCGGAUUGGAACAGGUCAAGUCAGCUUUCUUGGAGAUCAAGGAUAGGAUCGAUACUGCACUGCGGCAGGACAUCUCGAUCCAAAAAGAGCGUUACAGCUGUUCCCUUCUGGGAAAUCCAGGGACGGGGAAGACAACGGUCGCUCGUCUCUACGCCAAGUUCCUCACAUCCGUCGCCGUCAUACCUGGGUCCUGCUUUCAUGAAGAUACCGGAGCCAGCCUUGCCAAUGCUGGCGUCAAUGGAUGCAAGAAGAUCAUUGAAAACAUGUUGAACAAUGGCGGCGGCGUCCUUUUCAUCGAUGAAGCGUAUCAACUGACGUCCGGUAAUAGUCAAGGCGGGGGGGCUGUGCUCGACUACCUCUUGGCGGAAGUAGAGAACCUCACUGGCAAGAUCGUCUUCGUCCUGGCUGGUUACGAUAAGCAGAUGGAAUCCUUCUUCAGUCACAAUCCUGGCUUGUUAUCACGGUUCCCUGGUCGGAUGAAGUUUGAGGACUACACGGACGACGAGCUCCUGCGAAUCCUUGAGCUCAACAUCCACAAAAAGUACAAGGGCCGCAUGAAGUGUGAGGAUGGGCUGAAGGGGCUCUACUGUCGCAUCGUCACCAGGAGAGUCGGCAAAGGUCGAGGGAGAGAAGGCUUCGGCAACGCAAGAACAAUUGAAAACACCCUGAAGACUAUCUCGGGGCGCCAGGCGGUGAGGCUUUCUCGGCAACGUCGCAAAGGAAAGAAGCCAGACGACUUGCUAUUCACCAAAGAAGACCUCAUAGGUCCGGAGCCCGGCGAAGCUUUAUCCAAGAGCAAAGCAUGGCAAGAACUGCAGAAGCUUGUUGGGAUCAACACGGUCAAGGAGGCGGUGAGAUCACUGGUUGAUACCGUCAAGCAGAAUUACCAGAGAGAGUUGGAGGAACAGCCAAUUAUCGAGUACUCGCUCAAUCGAGUGUGCAUUGGCAACCCUGGCACAGGAAAGACGACGGUUGCCAACUUGUAUGGUAGAAUUCUUGUGGACCUUGGCAUGCUUUCCAACGGCGAAGUUGUUAUCAGGAACCCAUCAGACUUUGUAGGAGCACAUAUUGGCGAGUCCGAGAAACUGACCAAGGGGAUCUUGGCCGCAACUCUGGGCAAGGUCCUUGUUAUCGAUGAGGCUUAUGGCCUCUACGUAGGCCAUGGGGCUACCAAUGAUCCCUUCAAGACCUCGGUUAUUGACACUAUAGUAGCGGACGUACAGAGUGUCCCGGGUGAUGACCGCUGCGUCCUCUUACUCGGGUACAAGGACCAGAUGGAGGCCAUGUUUCAGAAUGUCAACCCGGGACUCAGUCGGAGAUUUCCUAUGUCUUCAGCGUUCAAAUUCGAGGAUUUUAGCAGCGAUGAGCUUAGCAAGAUCCUCGACUUCAAGUUGAAGAAGGAUGGGUUUGACGCUACGACCCAGGCCAGGAGCGUGGUAAUGGAGAUGCUAGACCGGGCGCGAAAUCGCCCGCACUUUGGUAACGCCGGCGAGAUCAACAUUAUGCUCGAUGCCGCUAAACUGAAGCACCAGUCGAGGCUCUCGAGGAAGGAGACGCAAGCUGCUUCCGUGCUCGAUGCUCGGGACUUUGACGAGAACUUUGACCGUGCCGAGCGCUCUGAUACGGACGUCAUGAAGUUGUUCCAAGGCACCGUUGGCAAUGAAGAGGUUGUGCUUCUGCUACGCGAGUAUCAAGAGAACGUCCAGGCGAUGAGACUCUUGGAUAUCGACCCGAAGGAGAACAUUCCCUUCAAUUUUCUUUUCAGAGGACCCCCUGGAACUGGGAAAACUACGACGGCGAAGAAAAUGGGCAAAGUUUUCUACGACAUGGGCUUCCUAUCUACCGCCGAGGUCAUUGAGUGUUCUGCAACGGAUCUCAUUGGCGAGUACAUCGGUCAGACGGGACCCAAGGUCCAGCAACAGCUUGACAAGGCACUCGGAAAAGUUCUCUUCAUCGACGAAGCCUACCGUCUGGCAGAGGGUCACUUCGCAAAAGAAGCCAUGGACGAGCUAGUCGACGCCACGACCAAAGACAAGUAUGCCAAGCGACUGCUUAUCAUUCUCGCGGGCUACGAAAACGACAUCAAUAAGCUCAUGAUGACGAAUCCGGGAUUAACUUCUCGAUUUCCCGAAGUGAUUAACUUCCGCAGUCUGACGCCUGAGGAGUGCGUCGAGCUGCUCACGCAGGACUUGAAAGCACGACAGACCGAUCUGAAAGCCAAGGGCACGCACUUUGACAUAUCUGCCCUCGAGAACACCGUUCAUGCAGAUUCACAAGUGCUCACUAGUCUAUUUUUCGAGCUGUCACGGCAAGAUAACUGGGCCAGCGCCCGAGAUGUCAAGGAGGCUGCCAAGGCCAUCUUCAGAAAGACCAUCAAAGACAGGGCCGGUCUGGUACAGGGCCGUCUGACAGCCAGUUUAGACAUCAUCGAGACAGAGCUGAGGCGUAUGCUCCAGGAGCGCGCCAGCCGAAGCAAGAGUGCCAAUCCGCUCUUGCAAAUUCCUUACGAUCUCGUCAACCCAGCCCCUUCCCAUCUACCUCCCUCGACUAUUGGGCCAUCUUCCUUGAUGACAGCCACAACGCAUCAACCCACACAACAGAGACCGCCGAGCCCGCCGUCUGACGAACAAGAGCCGGAAGAUCCCUGGCAGCUCGUUGACGAUCUCUACUCGCCUGACAUCGAGGUGGCGACCAGGGAUGCUGGUGUUAGUGAUGAAGUGUGGGAAGAGCUUCAAAGGGAUAGGCAGGCAGAGCAGGAGCGUGAGGAGGAGUACCAAAAGCUUCUCAAGGCGCAGAGGGAAGCACGAGAUGCGGACAGGGAGGAGAUUGUGAAGAGACUGCUGGAAGAAGAGCGGCGGCGAAAGGAGGAAGAGGAGGCCCGCCGACAACUUCAAGAGAUGGGGGCGUGCCCGGCUGGCUUUCGAUGGAUUCGACAGGCAGGAGGCUAUCGCUGUGCUGGGGGUUCGCACUUCAUGUCUGAUGCUGCACUGCCAAGUAAAUGA